AUGCCCAAAUCUCGUGACUCUUAUAGCCCUAACCAUGAAAAUAGCAUUGGUAAUGGUAGUGCUAUCAAGAGCAUUAAUAUUACCCUUUCACCUCUUUCUUUACCCAAUUAUGCUUGGGAUGAUACUACCACCACCAUCAGUGAUCUGCAUUACCCAUUAACAAUUAAUGGUAGUAGUAAUAGUGAACCAACGAGUGAGAUUAACCAACUUGACAUGAAUCAAAAGUCGAAAGAGAAGAAAACAAUUGGAUAUGGUAAUAAUGAUGAUGUGAAUCCCAGUUUCAUUCAUCGUGCAUCAUCAUCAUCAUCCAGAGGUGCAAGUAUGAGUGAUCAUGCAGCAAAAGAGAUGUUGAAAACUCAUCAAGUUGAACAUGCAUGUCCAAUGAAGGAGAGUCUGAUUUGGACGCAGCAAAAUCUCAAAAGGUAUGAUCAUGAUUUUCUCUUUAAAUCAAUUGAUGGUUCUUCUGGUUAUGACAAAUUCUUUGAGAAAGUAGUGUUGAAGCCACAAGGAGGAGUAGGAAGAGGAAUAAGAAUAGUUAAUCACAAUGAUAACAGUAACAACAAACCAAUUAGAAACAACAUCAAUGAACAGCACCAUCACCAUGAUGAUCCAGAUAAUAAUAAUCAAAGGAAGGUAAUUGAUGAUGUUAUUGUUAACGAUGGUGAGGAUGGAAGAAUCCAGAGCCUUCCUUACAAGAAAAAUAGGAUGCACACAUGUUCAAAGUGUAUGGCGGUGUUCGAAACAUCACAAAAGUUUGCAGCUCAUAUAUGUUCUCACUACAAGCAUGAGAGUAAGGCUGAGAGAAUGAAGAGACAAAUGGCCAAAAUGAUGUGUAGAAGCAAAAAAAGGAACGUCCUUGAACAUUAG